AUGUCGGUGCAUGCGUUGCGCUUUGCCAAGCAGGCUGUGAGGCAAACCGGACCCGCUGUGACGCUGAUACAUGGCCGAAGUGGGUGGUCAGGAAACCUUCCGAACAAAUGGUCGCCUGCUGCAGGCCACAUGCAUACUGCGGCCGGUGUGGAAGGGACUGGUUUGCCGGCGCAUCUAGUAUACAGGCCUGAAGGUAUAGAGGAUACUGCUACACUGCUGUUGGUCGCUCGCAGUGCAGCACAAAGCAACCACAUGGAUUCUGUGUUCUGGAGGUCGUGCAGUUUGCAGGCACAACGUCUUUUUUCGAGCGAGGCAAAGUUGUCAGACUUCGCUUUGUACGUUGAUGCUGCCGUUUCUGUUCGUCACCAUGAUGACGAGUUGAUGUACAACUUGGGUGACAUGACAAUAGCAGCAGCUCAGAAUGAUACCGUGGAUGGGGAAAGCCUUGCUUUGGUACUGCGAGCACAUGCACACCUCCGACUGAGAAAUGACCGUGUUCUCAGAGCUCUGGAAGCAGCUCUUUUCGAACUUCUACAGCAGUCACGUGCCACCGCAGACUGUCUCUCUAGCUCAUUGCAGUCCCUUGCCGAGAUGCAUGUCGCAGGGUGCUUGCCGCUGGACGUUGGCGGCGCAGGUUGUCGAGCGGAGCUUGUUGAUGGAGCAGCAAGAGUGGCUUUGGAACACCUGUCUUUCUUCACUGUGACGCAGAUGUGCCGGCUACUGCGGGCAUUCACUGGCUUCAAGUUGCGCGGUGACCGCCAAGUUUCUGCGUUGCUGCUUGGAAUUGGAAAUUCACUUGGACGGCAGCCCAGUGCCUUAAGUGCAAGUGACUGUGCAUGCGCAGCGAAGGCCUUUGCAGUUGUGCGGGUUCAUGAUGAAAGAAUAUUUGCAACGUUGGCCAGCAGGCUGCGCGACAAGGAUGUCCGAGCUUGCCUAACGCCAGAAGAGCUUUCGGAUGUACUGUAUGGCUUUGCAAAGUUCACAAGCCAAGACACUGCCCUGCUGGACUUGCUUUCUGUGCAAGUCCGACGUCACUUGCACCUGCUGGACGUAUCCUUGAUGAGUUCGAUGUUGGCGUCGCUUGCAAAAGCUGGAAUAAGUUGUCCUGUGUUGACUGGUCGGGCUGUGCAGAUGCUCCGCAGGCCCACGUUGGUGGUAGAGCCUCCGGAAACAAGCAGGCAUUGCUGCGACUUGACAAAAGCAACAAUCGAUGAGCUUUCGACACUCACCAUGGCAUUUGGAAAGUUUCAGGUGAGAGAUUCCAGAUUAUACGAAACUCUCGCCGACAUGUUUGUGGCUUGCAGAAGUACAAGAAGUGAUGUGACGGGUAUUGCCACCUUAGCGUCGCCCGCGCUGAUCAACAUCGUGCAUGCUUUCACAAAGGUCCAUAUUGCCCCUGCGAGGCUUUUUGGCAUGGUCCUAGGUGCGUUAGCCGAUCGACCCGAAGAUGAGUUUGUCGCACGCGAUGCUGUGAAACUUUUACAUGCGCUAGCGAAGGUUGAUUACGACAUGCCGCCCGGCUUGCGAAAGAGGAUGUUGCUUGCUCUGGGGUCGGAGGCUUUGGGAGAGCUCGGAGUCUUCGACUUGCUGAAACUAGCCGCUGCUUCACGAAAGCUUGGUCUGGAGGUAAACACGCUGGAGGCACAGGUGGGUGCAGUUCUGCCCAACGAGCCGCAGCCGUCGACAAGGGAAUCUUUGCAGCGACGGCCGACAGUCAAGAAGGUCCGUCGGAAAAGCGCAAGAAAGCAGAAGUGGACUUGGUAG